CUCUCUCUCUCUCUCUCUCUCUCUCUUCCCUUUUCCCUCUCAGCCGUCCGUUCGUUCGGUUCCGGUCAUUCUCACCCAUCCAUCCUCCCACCUCGCCUACCAACUCUCCCAAGGUCGCUGCUCUCUCAACGCACUGCCGACCCUGCCCCUGGCGCCCGCUUCACACACCACCUUACGCCAACCAAACCAAACCUCUGGUCCUGUCUUCUCUGCCUAGACCAGCCGCCGCCGCCAAAACACCCCCGCGUCUCCCGCUUUUGCUCUGACCUCAGCUGCGGUGCCUUGCUGAACCCUUUCCCUCCCACCUCCUGACACGUGCAACCUGUCAACGAGCCCCCCUCCGAACCUCUCCAAACAUCGGCACUGGCUCAGCCUUACCUCCUUCAAACCACCACACAUUGAGAGCGGCAAACAUGUCGGGCUCAGAGAUCAACCAAGUUUUGGCCAAUUCGCUGUCGCCAGACGCGAACUUGCGCAACGCCGCCGAGCAGCAACUUACACAAGCAGCCGACAACAACUUCCCCCUAUACCUCGCAACCCUCGUCCAAGAGCUUGCAAACGACAACGCCGAUGGCUCCAUCCGUGCCGCCGCAGGUCUCGCCCUGAAGAACGCUUUCACUGCCCGUGACUUUGCCCGUCACCAAGAGCUCCAGGCAAAAUGGCUCCAACAGACCGACGAAGAGACGAAGACGCAGGUCAAGAACUUGACCCUGCAGACCCUCGGCUCCUCAAACUCCCAGGCCGGUCAGGCUGCUGCUCAGGUCAUCUCCUCCAUCGCUUCGAUCGAGCUGCCGAGAAGUCAGUGGCAGGACCUCAUGGGCAUCCUUGUUAAGAAUAUUAGCGAGGGUGGCGAACACCAGAAGCAGGCCUCCUUGACCACGAUCGGUUACAUCUGCGAAAGCCAAGAUCCCGAUCUGCGAACGGCUCUCAUUGCUCACUCCAACGCCAUCCUGACCGCCGUCGUUCAGGGUGCCCGCAAGGAGGAGACGAGCCUCGAGGUCCGCCUGGCCGCCAUCACGGCCUUGGGAGACUCGCUCGAGUUCGUUGGCAACAACUUCAAGCACGAGGGCGAGCGCAACUAUAUCAUGCAGGUCGUUUGCGAGGCCACCCAGGCCGAUGACUCCCGGAUACAGCAGGGCGCCUUUGGAUGCCUUAACCGCAUCAUGGGUCUCUACUACGACAACAUGCGUUUCUACAUGGAGAAGGCUCUCUUCGGUCUUACCAUUCUGGGCAUGAAGUCUUCGGACGAGGACGUUGCCAAGCUGGCUGUUGAAUUCUGGAGCACCGUCUGCGAGGAGGAGAUCGGUAUCGAGGACGACAACGCCCAGGUCGAGAGCGCCGACCAGAUGAGACCCUUCUACAACUUCGCUCGCGUAGCAGCUAACGAGGUUGUGCCCGUUCUCCUUCUGCUUCUGACCAAGCAGGACGAGGAUGCGGCCGAUGACGAGUACAACUUGGCCCGCGCCGCCUACCAGUGUCUUCAACUCUAUGCUCAGGCCAUCGGUGCCGCUAUCAUCAGCCCCGUGCUGCAAUUUGUUGAGGGCAACCUGCGUGCCGAAGACUGGCACCACCGUGAUGCCGCCGUUUCUGCUUUCGGCGCCAUCAUGGACGGCCCCGAUGAGAAGGUCCUCGACCCCAUCGUCAAGCAGGCUCUUCCUAUCCUGAUCGGCAUGAUGGACGACAGCUCCCUGCACGUCAAGGACUCGACCGCCUAUGCCCUUGGUCGCAUCACUGAGAGCGUGUCCGACAGCAUCGACCCUAACCAGCACCUCGACCCCCUCAUUCGAUCUCUGUUCAACGGCCUCAUGAGCAGCGCAAAGAUAGCAUCUUCGUGCUGCUGGGCCCUGAUGAACUUGGCCGAGCGCUUCUCUGGCGACCUUGGUGCCGCCCAGAACCCUCUCACUCCUCACUUCAACCAGAGUGUCACCAACUUGCUUGGUCUCACGGCCCGCCCCGAUUGCGACUCGUACGUUCGCACCGCCGCCUACGAGGUUCUCAACGUCUUUGUGCAGAACGCUGCUAGCGAGAGCAUGCAGCCCAUCGCCUCCCUUUCCGGCGUCGUCAUCGAGCGUCUCGAGGGUACCGUUCCCAUGCAGACCCAGGUCGUUAGUGUUGAGGACAGGAUCAUGCUGGAGGAGAUGCAAACUAGCUUGUGCACCGUUCUCCAGGCCAUCAUCCAGAGACUCGACAAGGAGAUUGUUCCUCAGGGCGACAGAAUCAUGCAGACCCUGCUCCAGAUUCUGAGCACCGUCGGCAACAAGUCUAGCGUCCCCGAUGGUAUCUUCGCUACCAUCAGCGCUCUGGCCAACGCUAUGGAGGAGGACUUCUCCAAGUACAUGGAAGCUUUCACUCCCUUCCUGUACAACGCUCUGUCAAACCAGGAGGAGCCCGCUCUGUGCUCUAUGGCUAUCGGUCUUGUCAGCGAUCUGACGCGAUCCCUUGGCGAGCGCAGCCAGCCGUACUGCGACAACUUCAUGAACCACCUGCUUCACAACCUCAAGAGCACCGCCUUGAGCAACCAGUUCAAGCCUGCUAUUUUGCAGUGCUUCGGCGACAUUGCUGGCGCCAUUGGCGGCCACUUUGAGACAUACCUGUCCGUCAUCGCUCAGGUCUUGCAGCAGGCGGCGACUGUCAACGCCGGUCCUGAGGGCCCGUACGAGAUGUACGACUACGUCAUCUCUCUUCGCGAGGGUAUCAUGGAUGCUUGGGGUGGUAUCAUCGGAGCUAUGAAGUCCGGUGGCAAGACUCCUGCUCUUCAGCAAUACGUGCCUUCGAUCUUCCAGCUGUUGAACAUGAUUGCCAGCGACAUGAACCGUAGCGAGGCUCUCAUGCGUGCAUCCAUGGGCGUUAUUGGCGACCUUGCUGAGGCCUACCCUAACGGCGAGCUUGUCGACGUCUUCCGCCAGGAGUGGCUCACUGCCCUCAUCAAGGAGACCAAGACCAACCGCGAGUUCCAGCCCCGAACCAUCGAGACCGCUCGCUGGGCACGCGAACAGGUCAAGCGUCAGCUUGGCGGUGCCUCUGGCGUCAUGGCGCAGACUUGAGCUUUGUAAAGCUUGAGGCUGACGCUGUAUUUCGACUUGUUUGAUUAUUCACACCCAACCAACCCCCAAGCCCAGCACAUAUCCUGGAGCAGCCGGUUUCUCUGUCGAAACCCGGAUCUGCGUCAAACGGAGGAGAGAGAGAACAGCCAAUCCCAGCUCUUGCCACAACACAGCAUCGAAAGACACGGAGCUCCCUCGCGUGUAUAUAGACACCCUUGCACCACCACCCCAGGACUAAUUUUACCACAAUACCCCUUGCCAGCACACCAUAUCACAUCACGAAACUGCACCCCCUUAUUCAAUCACUUCACCCACCCCUUGGCUGUUAUCUUCUGGACUUUGAUUUUCGCGACGGAAGGCUGGAUUAGAGAGAAGGCGGGAGUCCUCAUUGUCAUGUACGCCGCGCAUAGAAAGCGCGUUGGCGACCUAAAAGUCAUGUAGAAGGAGUUUCCUCAGAUGGAACCCGGAGUUUGAUUUCAUCCUUCAACGGGGAAACGAGAGCAAUGAGAGACGGGGACAUGAACAACGUCAAUACACAUUUCGGAGUCGGCCAUAUCCCAACUCGGACGAACCAACCUGGUCAAGUGAUCAGCUGGGUCGGGAAAGGGAGAGCCUUUAGCCUUUCUGGAGGCUUUUGGCUCUAGGCCAUACUUGUAUGCGAUUUCGUCGGAGUAUCUUUUUCCUUCAUCGGAAAGAAAACUCGCGCGCACUCGGCGGGCGGAUGAGAAAGGAAGGGCCUUGCGAAAUGGGCAGAUCACAGGAGAGUGUAGGCGCAGCGAGGAAAGACGGAUCCUGCAGAGGAAGAAACAGACGGCACACAACGCGCUUAUGACGAGGUCAAGUGGCUUCAUGUCUAGCACUGAUUGAUAGUCGUAGAAGUUCAAUGAGUUUUGCC